CGAAACACUGGUCUAAAGGUCAGUCAUUAGGGCCCACUCCCUUUGUAGUUUAUCACCCUCACACACUUCAGGAAGGGCAGCGAGAAGACAAGCAGCAGCAUGAAGAACUUACUGGUUUUAGGGAUUGUUUUGUCAGCACUUCACAUCAUCUACUCAGAAACUCCAGCGUUCUGUAAAGCGCCCUCUAAAUCAGGCGAUGGCACCAGCUUCAUCUUUGCAGUUUAUUACGAUUUUGAGAAGGAUCGGUGCAGCCCCUUCUUUUACACGGGCGAGGGUGGAAACGAGAACCGCUUUAACAAUGAAAGAGAGUGCAUGAGGAACUGUUCGCCCAAUGCAGAGAAAAUCUACCCCAUGGAUGAAACUGCAGCUUGUCACUUUAAGCAUGCCGUUGGUACGUGCAAUGGUAACUUCUUGAGAUACUACUACGACUCAGCUCGAGACAAGUGCAAAAAGUUCAUUUGGACCGGAUGCCUUGGGAACGGGAACAGAUUCUUUGACAGUGAAAGCUGCAACGCCACCUGUGCUGGCAUCCAUGAUUACAGUAAUGAACUUGAAGAGGAUGAGCCGGACACUCCUAUUGCAAUCAUUUGUGGAGUUUUGCUUGCUGUCAUCAUAGUUGCUGUUAUUGUAACCGUGACCGUCCUCACAGUUCAGUCAAAGAAGAAGAAGAGCUUACAGAAGGCAUCCAAAGCCAAAAGCAGUGAGCCCCAAACGGAGUCCCCCCUGCAAGAGAACACGAUUGAAAUGACAUAAACCUCCUCAACAGUGAUACACUGCAUUUUUACCUGCUUGCUCUUCUUUCUUCUUUUGUCCUGAAACCACAUGCAUCAUUGUUGGUAUGAGGAGGCGUUCUGAGUUCAACUUUCUAUAAAGAGACAUUUGUUAUACUGUUGUACUAUUGCAGUUUUCUCAUUUCAUUUACAGUUUUUACAUACUUUCAGCCAUGUGCGUGCAAAGUAAUUAUUUUAAUGGGACAAUUAAAACAGCUUGCUAUUGAUCAGUAACACUGUAUGUGGCAAAACUUGUCUAAUGAUUUAUUGUCUGAUACAAAUGUGACACUUUUCUUCAACAUCCUUUUUUAUGGGUGUGUAUG